UAUCACAGAGUACCGCCAGAAUUAUUUUGGUUACCAUGCAUAUAUGCUUGGUGUAGUAAUCGCAUUCGAAGGUUUAAACUAAAGUAUCAGUCAUUUCAAGAUGUUCUACGUGGUUAUUUCUCUUCUCCUUGUACUGUAUUGUAUCUUUUGCAUUUACGAUUGUGUCAAACCGCAUAAUUUUCCACCUGGUCCAAAAUGGUUGCCGCUAAUCGGUUGUUUUCUUACGUUUCGACGAUUGAAACUGAAGCAUAAAUACGCUUAUGUGGCUUUUCAAGAAUUGUCGAAGACUUAUGGGCCGAUUCUGGGUUUGAAAUUAGGAAGUCAGAAAGUCGUUGUAAUUUCGACGUACGAUCUAGUAAAGAAAGUUCUUCUUCAAGACGAAUUCAACGGCAGACCGGAUGGAUUCUUUUUCAGAGUCCGUGCUUUUGGAAAGAGAAAAGGUAUUUUAUUUACGGAAGGAUCAAUGUGGUCACAGUGUCGUCGUUUUACGAUGCGUCAUCUCAGAUCUUUUGGCCUGGGUCAGUCAAUUAUGGAAAAAUAUUUAACCGUGGAAGCUGAAAAUCUUGUGAAUUAUCUUCGUCGUGUUAGUACCAAGGGCCCUGUACCAAUGCACACAGCCUUUGACAUUGCAGUUUUGAAUUCUCUCUGGUGUAUGUUUGCUGGUCAUAAAUUUGACUAUGAAAAUGAAAAAUUGGUAGAAAUUCUUGAAACUGUUCACGAUUCUUUCAGAUUGCUGGAUACAAUGGGCGGUAUUAUCUCACAAAUGCCAUUUCUACGUUUCGUAAUACCAGAAUUAUCCGGUUACAACAAUUUAAUGAAAAUACUUCGAAAACUUUGGAAUUUCUUAGAUGAAGAAAUCAAUAACCACGAAAAACAUUUAUCUGGAAAUCAACCGCAAGAUUUGAUUGAAGCUUUUCUUUUAGAAAUUUCAUCAAGAAAUGGCGUACAAAAUGACUCUAUUUUUGAUAGAGAAAACUUAUUGAUUCUAUGCCUGGACCUCUUCUUAGCCGGUUCAAAAACUACAACAGAUACUUUAUCGACUAGUUUUCUGUAUUUAUCUUUACAUUCUGAAUGGAUUAAGAUACUCCAGGAAGAACUGGAUAACGUGGUGGGCAGAUCACGAUCUCCUACAUUGGAGGAUUAUUCAUCGUUACCUAUUAUGGAAUCAUUUCUUGCGGAGAUACAAAGAUUUUUGAUUUUGGCACCACUUGGAGUACCUCAUAAGACUACAAAAGAUGUAAUUUUGAACGGAUAUAGUAUACCCAAGGAUACUAUAGUUCUUUUGGAUUUCCAUAGCGCGCAUAACGAUCGUGCUUAUUGGGAUCAUCCAGAAGAAUUUCGACCACAACGAUUUCUCGAUGCGAAUGGCCGAUUUUGUCAAAAUAAUGCCAAUAUACCAUUUGGUUUAGGUAAAAGACGUUGUCCGGGUGAAAUGUUGGCUCGGACAUCCUUAUUUUUAUACUUUGCCUACGUUAUACAUUACUUCGAUAUCGAAAUUUCACCAGAACAUGGCAAGCCAGAUCUAAAUGGACACGACGGUUUUACUAUAUCACCGAAAUCUUAUUACUUGAAAAUCACGGCAAGAUCUGAUGUAACAAAUUGCUCCACUAUAUAAAUAUUAUAAAUAACAUAAGAGAAUAAAAUUUUAAAUAUAAUACAUUAAAAAAAAAAUUACAUAUGCAAAUUAGCUUCCGUGUAUUCCGUGUAUCAGAGUGAAUGAUUUAUAAUGCAUAUGAUAAUUAAAAUGUCAUGUUUUUCCAAGAUAAUAAUUUAAAAUAAUUUAAUUUAAUACAAAAAUUGAAACAUAUCGUAUAUUUUACAGAAUAAUAAUUUUUAAUAAUUUUUAAGACAUGAUUAAAUUAUAUCAUUAUCAGGCUCUUAAUAAUAUUUUUUUUAAAAAUUUAAUUUAAUAAAUGAUUGCGAUAUUUAUUUUCUGAAUGUAUAUUAGAUAGAUGCAUAUAUUACACUCGAAGCGAAACGAUAUUACAAUAAGAUUACAUCUAUUUGUUGAUCUAAAGAAAUAAAAUUAUCUGAUUAAUCUCUCUUCGCAUAUUAGAAAUAAUCGAGGAAUUAUUAUAUUUUAAAUAAAUAUAAGAUAAUAAAUUUUUAUUUAUAUAAAAAAUAUUUGUAUAAUAUAAUGUAAAAGUUUAUUACAUCGUACAAUAUAUUUAUUGAUCUUGCAAAGUCUAUUUUUUAACAAUAAAGAAUAUUUGAUACGUUGAAAUGUUGAAACCCGGUAUAAAAGGAGUGAAUCUCCACGUGCACAAGUGAAGGUACAUUUGGACUUCUGUGAAACGCGCUGAUUUCGUCGAACACGUAAAACGACGCUUAAAGCAACUUUCAUGCGGUAGAAACAAUAAACAAUAUUCGAAAGAAAAAUUUGUUGAAAUCAAAUAAACUUGUUUCUAUCUAUGGGUGAAGCUACUUCAAACCGAAAAACGUCAUAUUUUACAUGCAUUAUAAUAUUUUUAUCAUUAUUUAUCACAAUUUGUCAUUAGAACAAUCUAAUUUAAAUAAAAAUUAUAUAUAUAAGUUGGAUAUUACAAACAAGCAUGAAAUAAUAAUAAAUAAUAAUUUUAUUUUUAUUUUUAUUAUUUUAAUUUUAUUAUUUUUUCUAUAGUAAGCAAUUAACAUUUUUUUAUUUAUUAUAAAUAAAAUUUAUAUUUUUUUAUCUUUUUUUUUUAAAUUCAAUAUAAUAUUUCGUAUUUUUUAUUUUAAUUUAUUUUAAUAUAAAGGAUAAGUUUUUUUUCGAGAUAACUUUUAAAAAUAUAUUCAUGGAAGUGAAAAUAUAAAAAUCUCAAAAAUUAUAUUCGUUUUUCAACUAAUACAUUAUAAGAUUGUGGCGUCAAUGUGAUACCACUAUUAAUUUCUACAGAGUAUGGUCCUUUACCAGGAACUGGCAGUAGUGUAUAUUUCUGCAUUAUACCAACAAAUAAAAUAAAUAUCGUAGCUUUUGCCAAUACAUCACCUGGACAUCGUCUUUUUCCU